AUUAUUCCAGCCUGCUCUCCCUCCGAGCAUGUCGCCUCUGCUCAGCUGCUGUGAAAACUCUGUGUGUGUGAACUCUUUGCGUGUGCGUGCUAAGAGGAGUUUUGUGUGUUUUCCUGAGUGGAGCUGAAGUGCAGCCGCUGAUCAGUGGAUCUGACUGCAGACGGAGAACACUCUGUUUUAACCUCCCAGCUGCUUUCUGGACCAGACUGGGACUCUACCGCUGCUCUUUCUGCCCUCCAGGCACCGUUCCCACCUCCGGAAUUACAGGUUUAGGUGUUUUUUUCCACCGAUAUCUUUAAAAAAAGACAUUUUACAGGAUAUUCUACCUGCUUCAAACCACUUUCUGGACUCUCAAACUUUUACACCUGAUCCUGGAAACUGUCUCAGUGAACAUGCUAAAGCUUGAGAAUGGGUGUUUUGGAGGCAGAUAAAAGGAGCUCAGAGAGAGUCUGUGGAUGAGUCUGGACUGAGUUUAACCAGGAAGGUUUGUCCGUUCUGCGUCUUCUGCGCUGCGAUGGAAAAACGCUGAGAAGUUGAGUGAAACAGAAGCGUAACAAUGGAAACCGUCAGCGGUGUCAGACGCUCGCCGGGCUCAGGUGGAUGCUGAUCCAGACCUGGAAUGUUCUAAACUCUUGUGGAAUUUGGUUCCCCUGGAAACGGACAGACAGGUGUCCGUGUGCGACGUUUUUUGGAUGUGAGAGGUGAACUUGGUCGUCCUUCAGCGGAGCAGGAUAAAGAUCAUUACUGGAGCCUUAGAGGAAGACCAGACAUGAACCAGAAGCUCUGAUAGAAAUAUAUAAAGCAUACGUGAAUAAACUGCUCAACAACACCAGCGUGGGGCAUUAAUAAACACUUAAAGGUCCCUUCACGGACCUGAUUUCUGAACUGAAGGAGCUUCCUGUGAGCGUGCCACGAUGAUGACCAUGAUGAUGAUGAUGGUGGCCAUGAUGGUCACCUGCAGCUCUCUCUUCCUGCUGGGUUUGGCUGCUGCUCAUGCCUCCUCCAGCACCGUGACCAGAACCUCCUCCUCUUCCUCUUCAUCCUCCUCCUCUUCCUCCACCUCCUCAUCCUCCUCCUCACCACGCAUGAAGCUUUCAUACAAAGAGCUGCAGCAGUUCCACGGCGUCCGGCGGUUCGAGCUGGAGCGUUCCUGCUGCUUCAGCGCUCUGCUGCUGGACGAGGAGAGAGGCCGACUGUUCGUAGGAGCCAAGAACUUCCUGCUGUCGCUCUCAUUGGACAACAUCGCCAAGCAGGAGCACAAGAUCUACUGGCCGGCCCCCGUUGACUGGAGAGAGGAGUGUAACUGGGCUGGAAAGGACAUCACUUCCGACUGCGUGAACUACGUGAAGAUCGUCCACCACUAUAACCGAACCCACCUGUACGCCUGUGGAACCGGAGCCUUCCACCCGACCUGUGCCUUUGUGGAGGUGGGUCACCGGAUGGAGGACCAUGUGUUCAGGAUCGACCCCUCUCAGGUGGAAGACGGGAAAGGGAAGAGUCCGUACGAUCCUCGACAUAACGCUGCAUCUGUGCUCGUUGGUGAUGAGCUCUAUGCCGGCGUGGCCACAGAUUUGAUGGGACGAGACUUCACCAUCUUCAGGAGUUUGGGAAAGCGUCCCUCCAUCCGGACGGAGCAGCACGACUCCCGCUGGCUGAACGAACCGAAGUUUGUUGGUUCCUUCUGGGUUCCUGAGAGCGAGAACCCCGACGACGACAAGGUGUUCUUCUUCUUCCGGGAGACGGCGGUGGAGGGUCAGGGUUUGGGGAAGUCCACCUACUCCCGGAUCGGACAGCUGUGCCGGAAUGACAUGGGUGGUCAGAGAAGUCUGGUGAACAAGUGGACGACGUUCCUGAAAACCCGUCUGAUCUGCUCGGUGCCGGGAGCCGACGGCAGCGAUACCUACUUUGACGAGCUGCGAGACGUCUUCCUGCUGCAGACCCGAGACAGAAAGAACCCUCUGGUCUACACUGUCUUCUCCACCUCCAGCAGUGUGUUUAAAGGCUCGGCUGUGUGUCUCUACUCCAUGAACGACGUCCGGAGGGCCUUUCUGGGGCCCUUUGCCCACAAAGAGGGGCCCAACUACCAGUGGGUCCCCUUCCAGGGAAAAGUUCCGUAUCCCCGUCCAGGAAUGUGUCCCAGCAAGACGUUCGGCAGCUUCAAGUCCACCAAGGGCUUCCCAGACGACGUGAUCCAGUUCGCCCGUCACCACCCUCUGAUGUACAACCCGGUCUACCCGAUGAGCCGCAGGCCCGUCUUCGUCAGAACCAACGUGGACUACAGCUUCACCCAGAUUGCCGUGGACAGAGUGAGCGCCGCCGACGGACAGUACGACGUCAUGUUCAUCGGCACAGACAAAGGCACGGUUCUGAAGGUGAUCAACGUUCCCAAAGAGAGCUGGAACAACAUGGAGGAACUUCUGCUGGAGGAGCUGGAGGUCUUCAAAGACGCCUCAUCCAUCAUCAACAUGCAGAUCUCCUCAAAGCGGCAACAGCUCUACGUGGGCUCUGACAACGGCCUCGCCCAGGUCCCCCUCCACCGCUGCAGCGUCUACGGUAAAGCCUGCGCUGAGUGCUGCCUGGCCAGAGACCCGUACUGCGCCUGGGACGGGACGUCCUGCACCCGCUACCUGCCCAACACAAAGAGACGUUUCCGUCGCCAGGAUGUCAGGAACGGAGACCCCAACACCCUUUGCUCUGGAGACCACCACAAGCACCGCGUUGCAGAGAGGAAGCUGUAUGGAGUCGAGGGAAGCAGCACUUUCUUGGAGUGUAUCCCCAAAUCCCUGCAGGCCAGAGUCACCUGGACCUUCCAGAAACAUCCACAGAACCCACGAGAAGAGGUCCGUCUAGACGACCGCAUCCUCCAGACGGACCGAGGUCUACUGAUUCGUCGCGUCCUGAAGAGGGAUGUGGGCGUCUACCAGUGCCACGCCAUGGAGCACGGCUUCACCCAGACCUUACUGGGCAUCACCCUGGAGGUCGUACCUUCAACGUCAUCCUCCGUCUCCAACCUGCCCUCCGACGCCCCCGUCCGAUUAGACCCCCGCAGCGGAGGCGGCCCCCCAAUGACCAAUCAGAAGCUCUGGUACCGGGACUUCAUGCAGCUGGUGGACCACCCCAACCUCAGCACGGUCGACCAGAUUUGCGAGCAGGUUUGGGCGCGCAAGAACGCCGGCGGCGACCAGGGGGAAAAGAGUUUUCCCACCACGGGGAAGGACAUCCCACCUCUAGAUGGUGCUGUCCGCCCGGCUAACAAGAAGUGGAAACACCUCCAGGAGAUCAGGAAGGGGAGAAACCGCCGGACCCAUGACGGGAAACCGAACCCUCGGGCGCCUCGCAGUGCAGGAGAGUAACGCCGAGGAGGAAGAACAACGCAGAGGGAGACCAGAAAGACUGAUCCAAGAAAAGGAAGGAGGGUAGAAAGAAACUGAGACCAAGAACUCCUGGAGGUGUUCAUACAUACAGGAACACACACAUGAAACACACUCACAGCACCUCCUCCACUGUGUAUAUUUAUCUAUGGAUGCCCACUCUAUAAGGAACCCCAGCCCCGACCCUCCGGCCAGCCCUGCAUGUGCUGCCAACAGUCGAUUCUGCACGAUCCCUUUACACCGUUCCUCUAGAAUAGUCGAGCGUACCAGCAGAAAUGUGGAGAAAACCCGCCUCUAUGUGAGGAAAUAACUCACCUGACAUUUCCUUUACCACUGACCGGAUACGGAAUACGACCACCUCUUUCCCUGGUGGAUCACAGUAUGCUCACCAACUCUGUCCACUCAGAUACAGCUUAGGAUGAACUCUACUUCUGACUUUUAUUUCCUGGUGAUUUAGAAAAACGGUGGACUUGGUGGGAAGAAAGUGGAGCGACACGACAACUGGAAUAAAGAAGAUGCAACUGGAAACAGGAUUUAAAGGCACAAGCAUGCAGAAAGAGAAGCUUUUAAUCAACCCUGUGGUGCUUUUAGUGCACGUAUUUCCACUAUCUUCACUUUUCACAGGUUCUGUAUGCGUAUCAGACAGCAGGUAGAGACGCCAGCAGCUUUGGACGGCCUGUGGAGGCAAUCAGCAUGUCGCACAACUGGUUUUAUUAUAUUGUAAGUUUCCUUCGGCACAUUGAGGCAUGUCACAGCAAAAUAAACCACACAGUAGAAAACAACGCUGGUGUCCAGAGAGGAUUCCACUGGUUCACUGGUCCAAACCACUAAGAGGAAGAUGAGAUGUUUACAGAACUCAUGUACAAAAAAAAUGCAUCCCGGAAAGCAUCUAAAAGCCCAAAUGAUGUGGCAUCUUUUACAAAAACAAAUAAUCCAAGAGGAAUCAUCCAAAACCUCAUCUGAAAGUUGCUUCACAUUUUCCGUGUCCAACAUUCUGUGCAUUAACUUCCUUAACCCUCCUGUUAUCCUCAAUUACCAAAAAAAGUAGUUUCUUUCUGUAAAAAAAAUCCCAAAAUUCAGCAAAAAAAAAUCCCCAAAUUUCUGGAAAUUUGCAAAACCUUCAGGAAGAAAAUUCCAAUAAUUCCUGAAAAGUUUCCCGUAAAAGUUUUAUUUUAAAAAAAAUCCCCCAAACUUGGCAAGAAAAUACUUGUAAAUGUUUUCAAGAAAUGAGUAAAAAUCUUCCAAAACAUCCUAAAAGUAUCUAAAGUGAUUCCAUAUUUCCGUAAAACUUCUAAUAUUUUCUUUAAGAACAUUCAUUGAAAAAAAAACUGCUGGAUUUUAGUUGAUUUUUUGUGAAUGUUCUUAAAGAAACAUUUUUAAACAUUUUUUUCCACUAAAAAUGUUCAAAAAUGUCCCAAAAAUAUUGAGAAUGUGAAGAUCAGAAGUUUCACUGUGAAAAUAGAUUUUCCACAUUUUCAAAAUUUAAAUUUACAAAACAUUCAGGAAGAAAAAUCCAAUAAUUAAGUUUCCCUUAAAACUUUUAUUUUUUUAAAAAUUCCCCAAAUUCAUUUGAAUUCUUGUAAAUGCUUUCAAAAUGAGUAAAAAUCUUCCCCACAAAAAUAAUUACAAAAAAAUCCUAAAAACUUACCCAAUAUUUUCAACAUUCACACGAAAAUGAUUUUUUGUGAAUUUUCUUAAAGAAAUUAGUUUUACUGAUAUUUAUGUAAUCACUUUAGAUAUUUUAGGAUUUUUUGGGAAGAUUUUCACUCUUUUUUAAAAAAAACUUAUAAGAAUUUUCUUGCCAAAUUUGGGGGAUUUUUUAAGAUAAAACUUUUAAGGAAUUUUCUUUAUGAAGGUUUUGUAAAUUUAAAGUUUGAAAAUGUGGACAUCAGAAGUUUCACUGUGAAAACAUUUAAACUUUAAAACGGGUCAGUUUGACCUGCAGGACGACACGAGGGUUAAAGGAAAAACGGUGAACGUGGUGGUUUGUGGAUGAGAAGCAGGAAUAAUGACGGCCUGUGUUCACGGGCUACAGUACGGUUUAUAUAUUAGCAUGAUAUUUAUGAGUUUUUUCUGUUCUAAGCGGUACUUUCUUUCUUUGACACUGUUCUUGUGAUAAUUUGAUAUGCAAAUAAACGAGCGGAUUCCUCACUCGGUGCAGAAAGCUGCUCUUCUGCGUUACCCACAAUGCAUUUCCACUGUUUGCAAAAAAAGAAAGGAGAGAUAAACCCAUCAGACACUGUUUGAAUCACUUCUCAGUCCCUGAUAUGAACUCCUGCUGCUUAACGAUGUCAUCUCUACGUAACAGACUAUUAGUACGAUAAGGUCUUCCUCCUCCAUGUCUUAGUCUGAACUUUUCUCUGUAUUAUCUGUAGACUUGUUUGUUGGUGUCUGUGCUCUCAUGGUGUGUGUAGUCUGCCCCCUAGUGUCCGUUGUGUGUACAGAGCCCAGACUGUGGUACGAUACUUUAAUAUAUCCACAUGAAAGAUAGCAAACUGGCCCUGUAAGAUAGAAAACAUUCAUGGAAUCUGAUUUUUAUGAUGAGCUUCUGGUCUGGUUUGUGUUGCAGCAGAAACUAGACCUGAGAGUGGACUUUAGAUGUAUGGAAUCAUUGUCGUUAUUUAUAUACCUUCUUCAUAGAGAUGUAAUUAACUCUUAAAACUGAACUGACUGACGCCUGGAAAAGGGACGCUCUGUAGUUUGACACCACGUCCAGGAAAACGAUCCAAAGCUAAAGUGAUUUUAGCUGCAGUGGGGGAACGGGUCAGUUCUGGACUACUGAUCUGAAGGUCAGAGGUUCAAACCCCGGUGCGGCCGCUGUCGGGCCUUAACCCUUCCUGCUCCAGGGACACCGAACCAUUGUACACGACAAACAGAAAAGUAGCAUGCAUGUAUGCACCGAUACGUGCACAUAUUAGCGAACUAAUCCACUAAAGUGAAAGAUUAGAGUUGUAAUUUGUUCUUGGUAGUGACGUCAAACUUUGAGUGUCCCUUUAAGCCGGCUGUUGUUUUGUGCUUGAAGUUGCAUGACCCCAUGUUAGAGGCUAACGGCUAACGGCUAACGCGUUCGACAAUGGAGUGGUGGAGCGAGAGACAGAAAGAGAGAAAGCACAAUGUUGAAUAUUAUUAUUAUUAUUCCUAUGUAUUUAUGUGCAAAGAUAAGCUGAUAUGUUGUGGUGGAUUUUUAUUUUUCUUAUAAAUGUAGAUUUACGUAUGUAUCGUUCAUGUUCUGCUGAAAAAGGACUCAUCCUCAACGUUUUUUUGUACAUUGCAGCCAAUGGAGAAAGCUCUUCCAAUCAGAGUGUUUGUUGUUGAACGGCCUCCAGUCGACGCUCCUGUUGUAUCCCGGCCAUGUGACGCACCCCGCUAGUGGGAGAGGCUGUGUGUGUGUGUGUGUGUGUGUGUGUGUGUGUGUGUGUGUGUGUGUGUGUGUGUGUGUGUGUGUGUGUGUGUGUGUGUGUGUGUGUGUGUGUGUUUGGGGGAAAGCAGAGCUCUGUACAUAAGGUAAAGGUGGUGUGUAGACGGCCAGCGUUAGCGUGAUGCACUGUAAUCCUCCCAGGUCUUUGUGAAACGUCAUGUCAGAUUGUUUUUGAUUAACACAAUAAAAAUAUGCAGUUACUUCAUGA